AUGGCUCCCAAAGAUGGGAUCCAGUACCCAGCAAUUAUCCAACUACUCCUCCAUUUCAGAUGGAUCUUGAUUGGCCUCUUUGCUUCAGACACAGAGAAGGGAGAGAAUUUCAUGAAGAUGUUUACUCCUAUGCUUGUGAGGAAUGGGAUUUGUGUUGUUAUAUCACAACGAUUCUCAAUGACUGCACCUACAGCACCCCUCAGGGAUGGCAUGUCUAAGUGGAGACGAGUCAAUGUCUUUGUUUUCUUUACAGACUUUAGUACCAUGAUGGACGGAAUUCGCCACUUCCAUUUUGCACUUGAAGGUCUGCCACAACCCAUUGAAGGAAAAAUCUGGAUCAUCACACUUUUUGGAGGCUUGCCAGUGAAAAGUCACAGACUUUACGAAUACGUUCAUAGUAUUUGGAACUUUUACAUACAGGAAAGAGGGUAUGAUGAUACCUUUCAACCAUUUAUUUUUGUGGAACCACAAUUUCAAAAUCAGUCUUUUCACUGUUCUUUUUCAAAGCACAUACUUUCUGUCAAAGUCCGAAGAAGAUGCACCCAGAAAGAACCACUGGAGAGUGAAGGGAAAAGAAACAGUGACAAAUAUAGAAUUGACUACCGUGCUUUCAGUGUCAUUAAGACUCUGGCCCAUGCCUUGAAUGCUGCAUAUUCCUCCAGAUCCAAGAGGAAAAAGAAGAAGUGGCUGGUGGCUUUGAGACUGCAGCCCUGGCAGAUAAGGAGAUCUUACAAUGAUUUCUCAAACUUAGUUUCUUUGAAAAAGGAAUCCAAACGAGAAGAACUGGAAGCAUCUCAACCAUCCAUUCCCCACCAUCUACUUCAUCCCUUUCUGAAGAAGAAUGAAUUUUGCAAUUUUUCUGAGAUGAAAAUGUAUGUGGACCAAAACGGAGAUCUGAUAGCAGAUCUGCAUAUUAUGAGCUUGUUUGUUUUCCCUGAAGAGAAUUACAUUGAAGAGCAAAUGGGAAGUUUUGAAAGACAGAGACUUAUUAUCAGCCAAGAUACUCUUUCCCUGCUAAAGUGGCUCAACAAGAUGGGCAUUAUUAUCAACCAAUAUAAUCUUUUCCUGCUAUACUUGCUCCAGAAGAUGGAUACACAAAAAUGCACCAAGUGUCCAGAUGAUCAAUAUCCAACUGAGGACCGAGUCCAAUGUAUCCCCAAAAGAAUAACCUUCCUGUCCUAUGAAGAGCAUCUGGGCAUCAUUCUGGUCUCUUUUGCCCUGCUCAUGUUCCUAACCACUGGAUUUGUUUUAAUCAUAUUCCUUAAAUACCUACAAACUCCUAUUGUCAAAGCCAACAAUCGAGAGCUCUCCUACAUCCUUCUGGUCUCCCUCUUCCUUUGCUUCUUGUCCUCUUUUUUAUUCAUUGGCCAACCCAGAAAAGCCACCUGCCUUCUCCGACAAACAGUGUUCAGCAUUGUCUUCUCAGUAGCUGUGUCUUCUGUGUUGGCCAAAACAAUCACAGUGGUACUGGCAUUCCUUGCUACAAAACCAGGGAACAGGGUGAGAACAUGGUUAGGAAAGAGUUUGGCCAACUCCAUCAUCUUUUCUGGUUCUGCUGGCCAAAUUUUCAUCUGUGUCUUAUGGCUGGGAAUUUCUCCCCCAUUCCCUGACUCUGACCUACAUUCCCAGCCUGGAGAAAUCAUCCUUCAAUGCAAUGAAGGCUCUGUUACCAUGUUUUAUGUUGUUCUGGGCUAUAUGUGUUUUCUAGCUGCCAUUUGCUUCACUGUAGCUUUCCUGGCUAGGAACCUCCCUGGAGCCUUCAAUGAAGCCAAGCUGAUCACCUUCAGCAUGCUGGUCUUCUGCAGUGUCUGGGUCUCCUUCCUACCCAGUUACCUGAGCACCAAAGGAAAGUCCAUGGUGGUUGUGCAGAUCUUCUCCAUCUUGGCCUCCAGUGCUGGGCUUCUGGGCUGCAUCUUCUUCCCCAAGUGCUACAUUAUCAUCUUCAGACCAGAUCUAAACACUAAGGAACAUCUAAUGAUAAAAGUAGGGAACUGA